CCCCCCUCUGAGGAGUUCUGGGAACCUUUAUGAGUGUCUGGAGAGCCGGGGAUCCAGUGCGAGGUGCUAGAGAGAGCGUUAACAGCUGUUGUCCAGUGUUGAGGGUGUCGUGAGAGUCCAGUUCUCCUGUUGCUGUCAUGGGCUUCAGGGCGGUCCUGCUGUCUCUGCUGCUGGUGUCUCUGAGCCUGACCAGAGGAGCUGUAAUCACCGGGGCCUGCGAGAGAGACGUGCAGUGUGGGUUCGGUUUUUGCUGUGCCGUCAGUCUGUGGCUGAGGGGUCUGAGGAUGUGCGUCCCGAGAGGUGUGGAAGGGGAUGAAUGCCACCCCUUUAGUCACAAGGUGCCCUAUCCAGGCAAAAGGCAACACCACACCUGCCCCUGUCUGCCCCACUUGGUGUGCACCAGAUACGAUGAGAGCAGGUACAGAUGUACUGACGACUUCAAAAACAUGGACUUUUAAAACACGCAGAUGAAGAGGAGCCUAACAGAAACGGCAUUUGGGAGUGAAAACCAGAAACAUAUUUUAUCUUCACCGACUGUGUUCUUCAUUUGUGUUCUCUGUGCACUCUGAUAUUUAGUUUUGAUUCUAUUAAUCCACAUAUCAAGGACAGAAAAGACCAGAGCCCCAGUAGACAUCAGACACUUUUUACCUCUUAAAAUUUUUUUUUAUUUGUGAUUGUUUUGUUCUUCCUGCUCAUUUUAUGUUAAUUUAUCGAGAGAAAUGUAUAAAUAUAUUAUUGUCAA